AUGCCCCUCGCCAUCUCACGCAUGGGAAUUGUCCUCGGUGUCUGUGUUGUCAUAUGGUCUGGGAUGACCGCAGGAUUCGGCCUCUACUUACAAUCACUAUGCGCCCAAUAUCUCGACCGAGGUAGCGCCUCAUUCUUUGCACUGUCACAAUUGACAUACCCUAACGCUGCCGUGGUCUUCGAUGGCGCGAUCGCGAUCAAAUGUUUCGGAGUCGGAGUGAGCUAUCUCAUCAUCAUCGGAGAUUUGAUGCCCGGUGUCGUUCAGGGCUUUGUCGGCAGUGAGCCUGGCUAUGAUUUCUUGGUAGACCGUCACUUUUGGGUCACAGCUUUCAUGUUAAUCGUGAUACCCCUCUCCUACUUGCGCCGAUUGGACUCCCUGAAGUACACCAGUAUCGCAGCUUUGGUGUCAAUGGCCUACCUGGUCGUUUUGGUUGUGUAUCAUUUCGUCUUGGGAGAUACAAUGGAAGAUCGAGGCCCCAUCCGCGUGGGCCAUUGGGCUGGCCCAAUCCCGACUCUCAGCAGCCUGCCUGUUAUUGUAUUUGCAUUCACCUGCCAUCAAAAUAUGUUUUCCAUUCUCAACGAAAUUGCCAACAACAGCCACUUCCGCACCACUGCGGUGGUUUUGGCCAGCACAGGAAGUGCAGCCGCAACUUACAUCCUUGUCGCUAUCACUGGAUACUUGUCCUUUGGCAACAAAGUUGGCGGAAAUAUCGUCGGCAUGUACCCGCCUGGCUUGUAUGCGACGAUCGGACGUGCCGCAAUCGUCAUGCUGGUAGUCUUCUCUUACCCGCUCCAGUGCCACCCAUGCCGGGCGUCGGUUGAUGCCGUCCUGAAAUGGCGUCCUCAAGCGCAACCUCGUGGCACCGAGGGCUCACCUCACCGCCACCCACUCCUGGGUCCCCGCGGCAAUCGCACGCCGGAACCGAUGAGCGAUCUACGCUUUUCCGUCAUAACAACUACCAUCCUUAUUCUCAGCUACAUUGUCGCCAUGACCGUGUCGUCCCUCGAAGCGGUCCUAGCUUACGUUGGUAGCACUGGCAGUACCAGCAUCAGCUUCAUUCUGCCUGGCCUCUUUUACUACAAGAUCUCCUCCCCGGACUCGCCGACCCACCGCGGUCUGCUGAAGGAGGACGAUGAAGUAGAUGACGAUUUGUCUGAUGACGAUAACGGCGACGAUGGAGAGGGCUCCCUUGCUCGUUCUCUGACUGAGAGUGGCCUCCUCCCCCGUGGAUCCCGCCACUGGCGCAAGGCAAUUCUCCGUCGUCUCAGUCUGGCAUUGGCUGCCUAUGGCUUCCUUGUCAUGGUUGUAUGCCUGAUCACGAACACAUUCUUCAAGGCUUCGCAUUGA